AUGAGCAAGCAUAGCCAAAUCGCCCGGGAUGGAAAGGGAGCUUCCUCGAUGCUGACGCAGCGGCCAAGGUCAACAGGCCAACGACAACCACGGUCAGCCCGACGCAGUGCAGCCGUUGGCCCGUCCAACAUAUCCCAGCGGCAGAAGUCAGCGGUAGAGAACGAGGACGGACGGGGAGAGCCCGACCUGAACCAUUGGGGCACCGAGCCCGCAAGCAGCCUCUUCGGGGGAAGCACGAUCGACCUUGGGGCGGGUAGCACGGUCGAUCUCGGCGCCGGUGGUGAAAGCUCAAUAGACCUCGAGGGAGUGAACACUGAGCGAGGGGCGUCGCCGUCCGCAGUCCCGGCUAACUCUUCAAAGAGACGAAGCGGUGACAGGGGUGACGACACCAUUAGGACAGCACGCGGCGAUAGCAGUGAGCAAGGUAACCGUGAUGAGUCUGACGAGGUGCUUCGAGCCUCUGACCGAGACCUGACGGCGGAGGAAGCGACGGCGACAGCCGGAGCGCCGGGGAACGAAGCGGAGAAGGAGAAGGGUGGACAUGCCGACCGCGAAGAGGGAGGUGGCGAGGACGGUGCCGGACGCGGCAAUGUCCGCCAUUCGCGUUCUGAGUCUGUUGGUGGUGCUGGUGCUGCCACUGGUGAUGCUGUUGGUGAGCGGUUGCCUCCUCCAAGGCCCCAGCAGUUAGCUGCUCGAAAAAGUGGCGAUGGGAGAGGCCAUGGGGUCAGGGGGGACAGCAGGGCGCGAUCACGGGAACGCCCGCACCAAACCCCUUUGGUUGGGUCGUCUUCGACCGUGGGGGGAAAAGUACGGGGUGGUGGAUCGCCGAGGAGAUCGGAAAACGCUCAUGGCCGUGCUUCCGCUCUGGACGGCAGAUGGGCACAGGCGUAG